GUAUUUCCCGCUUGCCCUUUUUCCCUUUUCCAUCUCUCCAAACCCACGACCGGUCAAACACACCACGGAAAAAAUUAUACUCGGCUUGUGCAGCAAGAGAGUUUUGAGCAUCAACUUAUCCCGAAUACCCAAUCGCAUCCAUUACGUGCCAUUUUAUUCUUUUGGGUACCCCCCCGAACGCAAAUAGAAAAAAACCUUGGGACGCCCAUCGCAACCCAGCGCCGCUACCACCAUAGUCCAAGAACGGAGCUGCCAUACUACGCGGGCGUAACUCUGACGUUUCAUUGUGGUCUUCUGUUUAGAAAACCGUGAGAAUUGGCCCGGUAGUCACGCUUUGUCAACUUCCAACGACCCGGCUCAUUCUUGCUCGUCGACCGUGAUUCUAGCCAACGAGCCAGUCGCCAACCCAAAACCAGUACUAUUCGCGUUAUCAUGGCUACUCCCAGCUCCAACCCGGGCCAGCAGGGUCCCCCUCUCGGCACUGGCGGAUCAACCAGCAUUCCCACCCAGCCGUCUACAACGCCAUCCUCGUCACCAAUUGUGAGCUCCUCGAGUGCUCACAGCUCGAGUACUCCCUCAUCUUCAGCGCCGCCUUCUACUAGCGCCAGCACUCCACCAGUCAGCUCUUCGACCCCUGUACAAUCUACGCCGCAGACUACACCGCCGGCUUCGUCUACACCACAGAAUAGCCCUCCACCUGUGACCGUCCCUUCCACUUCGACAACGAUAACUUCUACCAAAACUGAAACCUCAACGUCCACUUCUUCUUCACCAACUUCGUCUUCAGCAUCACCCACACCAACUAAUGGCAGCAGUGGUGGUAGUGGUGGUCUGGGCGACAAGGGAAAAGUUGCCGUUGGCGUUGUGGUACCUAUUGUUGCAAUUGCCAUUCUUGCAGUUCUUGGCUUGUGGUGGUGGAGAAAGCGCAAGGCUCGCCUGGAAGAAGAAGCAGAGCGCCGUAAGGAAGUCGAAGACUACUCUUACAACCCCAACAAUGAUCCAACCAUUCCCGCUGUAGGUGCUGCCGGCGACGCUGCCUAUGAGAUGCGCUCAGACGGCUCUGCGGGCUACCGCGGCUGGGGUUCUACUGUGGCAGGUUCCAUGGGCCGCAAGGCUUCUACUACCAUGUCUGGCGGCGCUGCUGCCGGUGCCUUAUCGGACGGCACGGGUCCCUCCCGCUCUGUUGCUGGCGAAGCUGCCUAUGCCGCUGAACACUCAUCUCAGGAGGGUGAGAUCCUUGGUGCCAUGGGCCCUUCUGCCGCCAACAACCCCUCCAAUGUUCGCCGCGGUCCAUCCAACGCUUCCUCCUCCUAUAGUGUUGGUGGCCGAUCUGAAGGAUCAGACGGCUACAACGGCCCAGCUGGUGCCUACUAUGACCAGUACGGACAGGGACCAUAUGCUGAGAACGGCGCCCAAGGCGCUGGCCAGGCCAUUAUUCGUGACAACCCUGCUCGCCGCAACACCCAGAUUGAGAACUCUGCUCAUUACCCUCAGCAGAGCGCAGGCAUUGCCCAGAACUUUUAAGAAAGCCACCUCCUGGCUUCUGCCAUCGACCACCCAUCUCGUGGCUAAGCCUCUUUGCCGCUCAAGUCUUCAUUGGAGCGUCUAAUCUGCCACUGUUGCGCUGUUAGCCAACCCAGCCUGUCGACACAUUUCGCUGUAUAUACGACGUAAUAUUGGACACCGGGCGAACAUCAACUUUUGGCUCCUGAUACAUAAUCUGACCUGUUUUUUGUCUCUGUCUUUUUUGGGAUAACUUGGUGUUGUCCAAGAACCCCCCUUGCCAUUCAUCACGCUCAUUUUUGCUUGCUGAACUGUAUAUGGCACUCCGUGUCUUGAUUCUUCGUCUUCUUUGUUCUUGUCUUUUUGUGUCUUGAAUCAUUAUCACGGUCUCUUAUUUGUUUUUGUUUGGGCUCGGCCCUCAGCGGCGACACAAGGAAAGCAUGAUUGCUGCAAGGUUCACAAGACCUGGAUUCCAACUUGGGCAUCCUGUUGCAGAUGGCAAGAUGUUUGUUUUUGUGGCAGUGCCUAUACUGUCACUUUGAAGAAAAGGGAAAUGUUUUUGUAUGGGUGUAGUUAUUAUAGAUAGAAUAUACAUCCAUGAAGGAAACAAUCAAUAGCGAAAAACACAAUUUCAAUCAUCUCUCACUACAUCAACCUAG